UUGGAGCGGUUUCAAGUGGCGCUGCUGUGCAAUUCCGGAGCACUCAGAGGAGAGGAGUUUUGAGGUUAUUGUUAAGUUCGGCAAGAGAAAUAAAAAUGCAGAGUCUCAGGAGAUGCAUUCAGACGGUGACUUCCGCCUGUAAAUUCAAUGUGAACAGUGUGUCAUUGACUAGAACGACAGUAAUACCAGCCGGCAGUAUUCACACAACUCCUGCAAGACGUUUCCUUGAGGAUGAAGAUCACGAAAGGGAUUACGAUGGGCCCAAGCAUUGGAUGGACUACAAUAAAAAGAUCUACCCUCCACAGGCACCAGGCGAACCUAGGAGACCUGCUUUCGUCUGUAAUGUAAAAGCUAACAUCAAAUACAGCCCAAAAACCAUGUGGUACAUAGCUUCUUUCGUACGUGGGAUGACUGUUGACGAGGCUGUAAAGCAACUGAGUUUCUGUUUAAAGAAAGGAGCUUUCGCUGCUAAGGAGACGAUUCUCGAGGCACAAAAGAUGGCUGUUGAGAACCACAACGUUGAAUUCAAAAGUAAUCUGUGGGUUGCUGAAUCCUUCGCAACAAAAGGAAAAGUCGUCCACGGAAUCAGAAGACACGCGAAGGCACGAGUGGGGCGAAUUACGUACAGAUACGUCCACUACUAUGUACGCCUCGAAGAGGGACCCCCUGCCAAGAACUACUAUCUGAAGGACCCCAAGAGUAAUGAGCAACUACUCGAUGAGUAUCUGGACAAAAUGCGAAAACGUAAAAUUGGAAAUUCGCUGUAACCUAGUUAUCUCAUUCUUUACGAAUAAUUUAAGGUGUACAAAAAUGGGUGACAGGUGGCGUCGAAUAAAAUGUUUAGAACAAAAAUAUUUGGA